CUGCUUGAUGUCAUGAAGAAUGGGACGGUACCUUGGGAGAAGUGCCUCUAUUUAGGUAGAGGUACUCUAGAAAAAGUUCUAAGAGAAACGCUGUUGAUGCGAGUCUGUUCGUCGAGAACUGGUUUAAUUGUUAGUUUAAGAUAUUUCUAAGUUAUCGUAGCGGCUCAGGAAGCGACGACUGUUUCGACAAGACACAUUUAACAGAAGAGCUAACAUUAUCUGCGCAUUCCCGGAGUUCAGUGGCUGUCGAGUUGGCAGAGAUGUUUCAGAUAAAGAGGAUUUGUUGCAUUGGUGCUGGGUAUGUAGGAGGCCCAACAUGCAGUGUGAUUGCCCACAUGUGUCCAGAGAUCACAGUGACCGUUGUGGAUAUCAACGAGUCUCGCAUCAAAGCCUGGAACUCAGACACUCUGCCCAUAUAUGAGCCGGGUCUGAAAGAGGUGGUUGAAUCAUGCAGAGGGAGAAAUUUGUUUUUCUCUACAGACAUAGACUCAGCCAUCAGGGAUGCAGACCUUGUCUUUAUAUCUGUGAACACCCCAACCAAGACCUAUGGAAUGGGCAAGGGUCGUGCUGCUGACCUUAAGUUCAUUGAGGCCUGUGCUCGGCGCAUCGUGGAGGUGUCUGAUGGCUACAAGAUUGUCACAGAAAAGAGCACAGUCCCGGUUCGAGCUGCUGAGAGCAUUAGACGAAUAUUUGAUGCCAACACCAAGCCCAGCCUCAACCUACAAGUGCUGUCCAACCCAGAGUUCCUUGCAGAGGGAACCGCAGUGCGGGACCUGAAGGAGCCAGAUCGCGUCCUGAUUGGUGGAGAUGAAACACCUGAAGGUCAAAGAGCAAUCAGAGCACUGUGUGCCGUCUACGAACACUGGGUACCCAAAGCACGAAUUAUCACCACCAACACAUGGUCGUCCGAGCUUUCCAAACUGGCAGCCAAUGCAUUCCUGGCACAGCGAAUCAGCAGCAUCAACAGUAUCAGCGCUCUGUGCGAGGCCACCGGGGCCGAUGUGGAGGAGGUAGCCAAGGCAAUUGGUAUGGACCAGAGAAUAGGCAGCAAGUUUCUCAAAGCCAGCGUAGGUUUUGGUGGAAGCUGUUUCCAGAAGGACGUGCUGAAUUUGGUGUACCUGUGUGAGGCCCUGAACCUGCCCGAGGUAGCCUCCUACUGGCAGCAGGUUAUAGACAUGAACGAGUACCAAAGGCGGCGGUUUGCCUGCAGGAUUAUUGACUGCCUCUUCAAUACUGUCACUGGUAAAAAGAUUGCUCUGUUGGGCUUCUCCUUCAAAAAAGACACUGGUGACACAAGGGAGUCGUCCAGUAUCUACAUCUCUAAAUAUCUGAUGGACGAGGGAGCCAAGCUGUUCAUCUAUGACCCAAAAGUUCUUAAGGAACAAAUCAUUUAUGACCUCUCUCAGCCCAGCAUCUCAGAGGACAACCCUGAAAGAGUGUCGGAGCUGGUGACUGUGUCCUCAGAUCCUUAUGAGGCCUGCCAGAGUGCUCAUGCACUGGUCAUCUGCACUGAGUGGGACAUGUUCAAGGAACUGGACUAUGAAAAGAUUUACACGAAGAUGUUGAAGCCGGCCUUUAUAUUUGAUGGUCGCAGGGUGCUUGACCACCUCCACCCUCACCUCCAGAACAUCGGCUUCCAGAUCGAGACCAUCGGUAAGAAAGUGACCACAACGAGAAUCCCCUACACUCCAGCAGCUGUUUGUCCUCGCAUCCCUGCUAAUGACCCCCCCAUUAAGAAAGCCAAAGUCUAAAAAGUCUGAAACUUUGGCUUCCCCCACACACACAUGCAACACAUUCCUCUCUCAGCCUUCUUAUUGCUGGUGAAACAUUUAAUUUGGGUCCACCCCCCUCCGCUGUUGGAACACGCCCAGUGGUCAGAAAGGCCAAACGGUGUGACUAAUUGCUUCCCUGCAGUAGUUUGGAGGAGAGGAAUAAGUUGAGCCUUCAGUCCAAAAUUGUGUGAAUGUGACUCAUGAAUGAUGACUAUGGCAGAAGAAGUUUAGCGAUUAAACCAUUCCAGACACAGAAACAGUUAAUUUUAUACACUUAAAUGUCAAGCAGCAUUUGUCAACCAAUCAUACAUGUGCCCUUUACAGUAUUUACUGUAUAAUCAAGUAUUAUUGGAAAUUUUUAUACUAUUUUUUAAAAUAUUUUUAUAAAUCAUCUUACUGUAUGUUGAUCUGUAUUUGUCUUUCGCAUCAGUGACUUGUUUACUAAAAAUCGGCAAUGCAAUAAAAUGUGAUGUGUGUCCUUAACUUGUUCCUGUCAAGGGAAAAAAAAUAAAAGUGGUACAAGAAUUAAA